GCUGCAGUGAGCUGUGAUUGUGCCUCUGCACUCCAGCCUGGGUGACAGAGCAAGACCUUGUCUUUAAAUAAAGAGAAGGAAAAGAAAGGAGAAACCUGUUUCUCCAACACCACGACCUUCAUCUCAAUCAUCUAAAAUGGGUUCUGUGGAGCUUCCUGGGCUCAAAGCUUCACACUUAGGGAUGAUAAGGUAGACAGCAAGGUAAUGAACAGCUUUCAGCUGUCAUUCAGCAGUGAUUUAGGAUAGGUGUUUGCUAGGGUAGCAAAUGUCAGACGCGUCUGUAAAAUUGCUCUAUCCUGAAGGGUUUCUGUUUCUGGCAGCUUGUUCCAGAGCGUGUUGGGUGAAUACUGAUGUCAGGAUAUAUGAGUGUCGUGUACUUUAUGACACAGUUAUACCCAGGAAGGGGCUGAGUCUACCAGUGAACGUGGUAAAUGACACAAGACUUAAUGAUGGUCUCAGCAAGCUCCACCACACUUGCCUCCCUUCUCUCCCUGCAAUAAGCCAAACCUGGGGCAUUUGCAGCUGCUAGUUCCUCUACCCAGAACGCUGUUCCUCCAGCCCUUCAAAGUCACCUAAAUGUUGUUUCCCUUUAGGUCUUCCCUGCUAUCCCAUUUGAAGUAGCUUUUCCCCUUCCCCACCACCCAACAUGGCAUCACCAUCUUUGUUUUCUCCAUCACACUUGUGCUAUGAAGGUAUCUUACUGCUUUGCUUGGCUGUUGCCUGUUCCCUUCACUGGCCAGCACGCCUCUUGGAGAGAGACCACACUGACUGGUUUUGUCCACCACAUCCCCACGGCGUACGACAAAGUACCCACCCACAAAUGCUUGCUGGAUGAAUGAAUCACGUUACGGCUGUUGGUCAGAUAAAAUGCAUGGCAACCAAACGUCAUUAAAGUUUUUGAAUCAUUUUGCAAAACAUUCAUAUUUGGUUAAAUGUAAGAUGAAAGAUUAGAUAAAAUAUGACCAUGUAAUAUGUAAAAAUGAAUUGAAUUGAACAGUACAUAUGGCAGAGGUGGUUGAGAAAACUGUAGAGGUCAGAGUCUCAACUCUCGUUGCUUGGCCACCCUGUAGCGAUAGUCUUGGUUGAAACAUCAUGUUGGCAAAAUUGUGUUCAUCACUAGAGCAAAGAGAUGGAGGAGAGAAAAGUUUUCCAAUUCUAGAGAAAGGACAAAUCUAUACCUUUAUUAAAAUGUUUAUGUCAAUAUACAUCUUAAAACAUCUAAAAAGGGGACAUGAUGGAGACUCCCCGGGUACAUUUUAUAUCUUGUAGAAAAUAAGUGCCAUUUCCGAAACACCCUGUGUUUCCAUUAUGAGGUUGGUCUGGAAGAGUAUGGUAAAAAGUUCUUAGCAGCGCAGACUUUGUGUUUGGUUUUGCUAUUUUUGUGCACACUGCACUCGGGUCACCUCGAGGGCUGUACAGUUAACAGGCAGCUGCUCUGCUACGGCCUGAUGGGCAGAAUCCUACAGAAGCCGGGCUGUCUGUCAUGGACUGCUGCUCACUGGAACAGCACCCAAAUCACCAUCCUAAGGGUGCGGGCUGUGCUUUGUCGCUGUUGUUUUUUAGUUUCGUGGAUUUAAGUCACCUGAUAUUCUAAACUUCAGUAAAUGUGCAGAAGGUGCUACUUUGUAAGCAGAAUGAAAAACCAUGCGCAUGCUCGUGUUUGAGGAGGCAGGUAAACAUGGGAAUGACUUCUAGGUUUGUGGCGUGAGAUGUGAUAACACCAGGAAAAAAGAAGGGGUGAGCAAAGGCUGCGUUGAGCUCCUUGAUGGGCAGCUCUGCAGCUGUGACCUCUGGACUCAUAACUGGCUUUUUAGUCUCAUAUAACUUCUGCACUUCUAGGGCUUGUGGGCUGGCUCAAAUUCAGUGAAUUGGUUGGAAGUCUGCGUGGUGUUAAGUACUGUGCUUUGUGCUAGAGUGAGCAAGGCCCUGCCUUCAGGCAGCUUUCCCAGGGCUUACAGAAAAGGGCAGCCGAGUAGGGAAAUGCUUCUCUGUGCCAGUUGUUGCCCAGUGUUUUCCCGUGGCUUUUCCUUAACUUCACAUUGAUUGCAAGGCCCUCGGCAGUCCCCCCUGGCAUUUUUCAAAGUUUUCUGCACACAGAAGUUUUAUUCCUUUUUAUUAACCGACGGAUACUUUCCUCCCUCCUUCCCGACCCCACACGCAGUAUGUUAAACCUCACCUCACGGGGCUCCUGGCCUUGGCAUCCGCGUGGACCUGCACAGAGGGUCCUGCCAGGCGGUGAAUUUGUACUGGUUUUCCUAAUGAGGGCAUUAUUUGCUUUUUAGCCUGCCCCCUUGUUUAUAAAAUAUGCCAAGAGAACUAAACAACCCGCUGUUCCCAGUCCUUAUUUACUUGUCCAAACCAAAUGUUUAUGUCCUUGAAUACUAAACUUGAAGAAAAAGGAUUCCUCCUCGUGGGAAAGCUAUGAUCACUGAGUUUUUUCUAAACUGUAGCUGCAGGCCUGCUUUUCAGUCAACAUGCAACUUAUCAGUGACUUUAGGGACAAUUCAGACCCGCUUCCUUUGCCCUAGAGUGUGGGGUGGGGGAGCUCUACGUUCCCGGGUCUGUAACUGUUAAUAUCUCCCUGAGACACCUCCUGGGCCAGGUGCAGCAUUCGGAGCUUGGCUUGGCCCAGGACCGUUCAUUGAACAUAACCUUGGGCCUAACGAUGUAAAAAGGAGAGGAAGAGAAAAGGCAGUUGGCAGUCACAGUGAUGAUGGUUUUCUUUGGUCACCUGUGCCUGCGCUGGCUUUGGGCAUGCCGCGUGCUGGCCAGCUUGCUGGAAAGCCGGGUCGGUGUGAGGCAGGACUUCUCGGCCUGGGCAGCAGGUUCAGGAUCACCUGGGACGCUUCCGGAACACAGGCUGCUUGCCCCCAGCUGACUCAGAACCUGGCACCUGUGUUUUCUGGAUGCUGACCAGGGGAGUCUGAUGGAACCAGGUUCCAGGGACUGCCCAUGAUGGCUGUGGCUAAUACAUUUUGUUCCUCUCAAGUGGAAUUUCCCCAUGGGCAUCUGACUUGAACCACUUUAUCUUCUCCUGGCAAGUUUUGUGCGGAACACACACUUGUCACCUGUCCUUGUUUCUUUUUCCACGAGGAGAAACAUUUCCUUGUUACCUUUGCCAGAUUACUUAGGAGAAGAGUGUAAAUUGAAGCCAUUUAUCUUGAAAUGUGCUGCAGGGGCACGUUGUUUAUACAAGUGAAAGAAAUUGUAACAGGGUUAUUUGGUCUGGUCUGCAAGGAAAAGGUGUCUCAAGUUUUCCUUUCUGCUCCCCCCCUUCUGCUCCCCCUUUCUGCACAUAGUAUAUUAGUUAGAAUUAGGUUUGCGUCUGUGACAGGCGGGACAGCCAUUAAUAGGCUUAGUGAGUAUUUUUUAUGUUUACUAUUGGUAAAGUUAACAAUGCCAUUAAUAAUAAAGUGAAUGUUACUGCUCACACAUCAGCCAGUCUCAUGACCAGAGUUCAUCUAUUGUGUAUCCUAUGGCAGGUAGUCAGAUAACAGAUAAAACGUGAGUUUGCAGUGAUUUUGCUAUUCUAAUUAAACCUGUACAUGUUUGUCAGUUGGAGGACGAGUAAGUCGUGAAUUAAAUUAUACUCGCCAGAAGAUUGGAGAAGAGGCUAUGUUUAAUCCUCAACUCAUGAUACAGACCCCUAAGGAAGAAGGUGCUAACGUCCUGACCACAGAAGCACUCCUACAGCACCUGGACUCCGCGCUCCAGGCCAGCCGUGUCCACGUAUACAUGUACAACAGGCAGUGGAAGUUGGAACAUUUGUGUUACAAAUCCGGAGAGCUUAUCACAGAAACAGGUUACAUGGAUCAGAUAAUAGAGUAUCUUUACCCUUGUUUGAUUAUUACACCUUUGGACUGCUUCUGGGAAGGGGCGAAAUUACAGUCUGGGACAGCGUACCUCCUAGGUAAACCUCCUUUGCGAUGGACAAACUUCGACCCUUUGGAAUUCCUAGAAGAGUUAAAGAAAAUAAACUAUCAAGUGGACAGCUGGGAGGAAAUGCUGAAUAAGGCUGAGGUUGGUCAUGGUUACAUGGACCGCCCCUGCCUCAAUCCGGCCGAUCCAGACUGCCCCGCCACAGCUCCCAACAAAAAUUCAACCAAACCUCUUGAUAUGGCCCUUGUUUUGAAUGGUGGAUGUCAUGGCUUAUCCAGAAAGUAUAUGCACUGGCAGGAGGAGUUGAUUGUGGGUGGCACAGUCAAGAACAGCACUGGAAAACUCGUCAGCGCUCAUGCCCUGCAGACCAUGUUCCAGUUAAUGACUCCCAAGCAGAUGUACGAGCACUUCAAGGGGUACGAGUAUGUCUCACACAUCAACUGGAAUGAGGACAAGGCGGCAGCCAUCCUGGAGGCCUGGCAGAGGACGUAUGUGGAGGUGGUUCAUCAGAGUGUCGCACAGAACUCCACUCAAAAGGUGCUUUCCUUCACCACCACGACCCUGGACGACAUCCUGAAAUCCUUCUCUGACGUCAGUGUCAUCCGCGUGGCCAGCGGCUACUUACUCAUGCUCGCCUAUGCCUGUCUAACCAUGCUGCGCUGGGACUGCUCCAAGUCCCAGGGUGCCGUGGGGCUGGCUGGCGUCCUGCUGGUUGCACUGUCAGUGGCUGCAGGACUGGGCCUGUGCUCAUUGAUCGGAAUUUCCUUUAACGCUGCAACAACUCAGGUUUUGCCAUUUCUUGCUCUUGGUGUUGGUGUGGAUGAUGUUUUUCUUCUGGCCCACGCCUUCAGUGAAACCGGACAGAAUAAAAGAAUCCCUUUUGAGGACAGGACCGGGGAGUGCCUGAAGCGCACAGGAGCCAGCGUGGCCCUCACGUCCAUCAGCAACGUCACAGCCUUCUUCAUGGCCGCGUUAAUCCCGAUUCCCGCUCUGCGGGCGUUCUCCCUCCAGUACAUACUGAUGGCUCAUCGAGGCCGACUGUCCUUUAACGACACCCUAUGGUGUGGUGGUCUGAAACGCUACAUGAGGUUUCCUUACGAGGAGUAGCCUUGUAGAAAAUCCAGUGCGUUAAGUUCUCCCAAGGUAAGCACCUUACAGAGACGAAAAUGAGUACUGUUGGUUUUUGUGUUUCUGUUUCAAACCACGGCAGUUAUCACUGUAGAAAAUUGCAACUAUAGUUUCCAAGAGUCCUCAUCUUAUUAAAGAAUG